AUGUCCACUUCCGCCGCCAGUCAGACUCGAUCACUUUACCGUCGCCUUCUGCGUGAGCUCCCGCCUCUUCCCACACCACGACACAAGCACCCGCGAACGCCGAUUCACGCCUCAAUUCGCUCACAUUUAUCGCAACCAUUGGCUGAUACUUCUCCUGAAUAUGUAACGGCGCGUUGUCAAGAAGCCGAACAGUUCAUCACCUAUCUCCGCGCCCAGCGCACAUAUACCGUUCUUCUUCAGCGAUACAAUCCUGGCAUGAAUAUGGACGAGGAAGAACGUGUCAGACUCACAGCAAGAAGAGUUGGAAUGGAAUUACCGAUUGAAUGGAAGAAAUGA